GGUAAUUUAGACAUUGAAUAGUUAAAUAACGAAACUCGACAUUCUUUUUAUUAUUUUCUUCCUCUAAAAAUGAGUGCGAGAUUUUGACGUUAGUUUUAGAGCAGAUCGGAAGUUUCUUUCUCGCCUUCAAACUCCAAAAACACCCAGACAGAAACAUUCAGUCUCUCUCUAAAACCUAAUUUUGGUUCUUCUCCGUAAAACCCAAUUGAAUCCAAACCCAUAACGAUUCCUGGUUGUUAAGUCAGAUGACCUAAUUCAGGUCAGCAAAUUGACAGAUCGGGUUUGUCAAAUCUUGAGAAUUUUAGUUGAUUGAGGGGUGUUGUGAUUGUGAAGAAGAAGAGUCAUGUUCUAUGGGACUAUGGUAUGGGAUCCUUGGCUAAUUGUAUCUCAAAUAAUUUGUUUGCAAUGCUUAUACUAUCUAACACUGGGUAUAUUAAUGUCAAUUCUUGUUGGGACUCGUGUAUCACGGAUGAGUCUUGUAUAUUUCUUUGAUUACUCUACUCUUACUACAUCAACGGUUACUGGAUGGUGUGUAAUUGUUGCAUUCCUACUCAGCUCACUUGCCGGGGCUGGAAUUAUGCUUCAUUUGGUCGAGAGAGCUAAAAAGUGCUUAGAUUUCUCAGCGACUCUUUACAUCAUACACUUUUUUAUAUGCCUCGUAUAUGGAGGUUGGCCAUCCUCCAUUACUUGGUGGAUCGUGAAUGGUACUUGUCUCGGUUUGAUGGCUUUGCUCGGUGAGUGGUUGUGUAUAAAACGCGAGAUGCGAGAAAUUCCCAUAUCACGGCUUAGAUCAAAUGUUUGACUGAACAGACAAACUCAACAGGGUAUGAUAAAUAUGGUAAAUUCACUUGGGGGUUGAUAGUAGUAGCUUCAUCAUCACUUUGGAGAAUUUUUUGGCCAAAGCUUGCGAGAUACCACCCAGUUCGAUAUUAAUGGUGAGAAUGAAUUUCUAAAGCCUUCCUUCCUAGUCAGAUUUUACGUUUUCAUCCUCUACGCCAUAUUCAAGAAAGUACACAACCACCAUAGCAGUUAUUUAGGAGAUUUGAAGAGGGAAAAAUAGGAAAUCUAUUUCAAAGGUUAUGUAAUUUUUAUGAAUUGCAGGGAAGUAUCCCACGAAGUGUGGGAGUUUACUUUCGCUUUGUAAGCUUCUCUUUACAAUUUAUAUCCCUGACAAAUUUAGUUGAUAUGAUAUCGAUUUUUUCAUUCGUCGAUAUAAUUGUUUGAACGAGUUAUUGGUUAGGUUGGAGGGAAAUAUGCUGUGAAAAAUAUAUGAUGUCCAAUCCUCCAUAUCCCUGUGGAACAUAUCGAUUGAUGUUAACAAUGUCUUUUGCUUGCGG